AUGACGGCGGCAACUGCUUCUCCUACGUCUCCACCACUGCGAAAGACUUCGGAAGGACCGCCUUCUCCGUAUACCGAGUCCGAACCUCCGUCGCCGCUCGCAGCCCCCGACCGGUUGGCCAGCCAGGAUCUUACCAACACGUCACCAGCAAAUUCGCCACCAUCGUCGUCGUCUCCACACUCAAGGGAACACCGGAGGCAAUCGUCCAUAAACUCGAGCGAUGACGAUCCUUACGCGUUGGCCGAAAAGUACUAUGGCGACCACAAGAAAAAGACAUUCAGCAAGAACUCGCCCCUAUCGCGAGUUCGAACUUUCAGUACAUUUGAAAGCAAAGCUUCCAAAAAGGAAUUUUUGAGAAAGUUGAACGAUUUGAACCCAUUGUCGGACACAAUCAAGGAAGCGUCUGAACCGCCAAGCUCGGAAGUACCUUCCAAGUCGCCCUCGCCACCGGUGCUUCCCUCAGGUCAGGCUCGUGCUCCUCAAAAGAAUAAACCCCAUUUCAACUUGGACAUGUCCUUGCAUGCCGAUGAUGACGGUCAUUCUGCCGACGACGACGACGACGACGACGAUGACGAGUCGGAUGAGUUUGAUGAUACACACAGUGAGAAUCGUUUCUCGCAAAAAAGGUACCCCCACAAUCCUCCAGCGGAAGAAGUGUCGCCCUCUGCUGAAGUUGCUCCUUUUCCGCGUGCUGCUACUGCCACAGACAAUCACAAUGGUUUCCCGCAAGAUGACAUGACUGCUUUGCAAAGGCAAACUAUCGGAAACUUGAAUAACAAUAAUGGUAACACCAGCAACGGCUUGAAAAAGAAACCUUCGAUUGUGCCGCUUUAUGAACUUGCCGACCAGUCAAACGAGUCUGUUAAGCAGAAUCCCAUGCAUUUUAGAAGAGCAUCGAUGGACGAUACCAUCAUCCGGCCAAAGAAGUACUACAUCAGCGACGUCCAAGACACGUUGAAAGAGUUGUUGGCCAACGAGGAUACCGAUAACAAUUGCCAAAUAACUAUUGAAGAUACCGGGCCAAAAGUGUUGCGGCUCGGAACUGCCAACUCCAAUGGCUAUAAGCAAGCAUCGAUUAGAGGCACCUACAUGUUGAGUAAUCUAUUGCAGGAGUUGACCAUUGCAAGUAGAUUUGGCAGAAACCAAAUCGUUUUGGACGAGGCCAGGUUGAAUGAGAACCCCGUGAAUAGAAUGAAGCGGCUCAUUUCGACUUCAUUUUGGAAAAGUUUAAGCAGACGCGUGACUGCGGAAAACAUUGUCGACAUGUCGAGAGACACAAAGAUUAAAGAGCAUUGGGUCGAUGAACAGGGCAAAGUGCACGAGAACCAGGAAAGCCACAGGAUUUAUGUGCCCCACGAUAGGAAAGAUCAAUAUGACUUUUUCAACAAGAUCAAAAACUCUAGAAAAGAUAUCCACUUGGACGUGCAGUACUUGCCCGAGAAAAUAGACGCCGACUAUAUCAAAUCCAUCAACAAGAAACCAGGCUUGUUGGCGCUCUCUACCAAAGAAAACCCCGAAGAUCCUACAAACCCCACUAGCUGGCCCUAUAUUGUCCCAGGUGGCAGGUUCAACGAGUUGUACGGCUGGGAUUCGUACAUGGAGACCCUCGGGUUGUUGACUGACGUUUCCCCUGCCCACAAUUUGGAACAUUUGGAGCUUGCAAGAGGAAUGUGCGAGAAUUUUAUUUACGAAAUCCGGUACUAUGGCAAGAUAUUAAACGCCAAUAGAUCAUACUAUUUGGGUAGAUCGCAGCCUCCGUUUUUGACCGAUAUGGCCUUGCGAGUAUUCAACAAGACCAUCGAAGUCGACCCGGGCUCAAUGAAUGAUGCACUUGAUUUCCUUCGCAGAGCAACCCUUUCAGCUAUAAAGGAGUACGAGACAGUAUGGUGUUGUGAGCCCAGAUUAGAUAAAAAGACGGGAUUAUCGUGCUACCACCCUGAGGGGAAAGGUAUCCCCCCGGAGACAGAAGCCUCGCACUUUGAUGCUGUGUUGAAACCAUACGUGGAGAAAUAUGGCAUACUGCAGCCGGAAUUUAUUGAAAAAUACAAUAAUGGCGAGAUCAAGGAGCCGCAGUUGGAUGAAUAUUUCUUGCACGACAGAGCAGUGCGGGAGUCGGGGCAUGAUACUUCGUACCGAUUAGAAGGUAAAUGCGCUUAUUUGGCCACUGUUGAUCUCAACUCGCUUCUUUACAAGUACGAAAAUGACAUUGCCUUUUUGUUGCUGACCUUUUUCCACGACGAAUUGCGAGGCCCCGACGGCAAAACCCAUUCCUCCGAGCUUUGGAUCGAGAGGGCAAAGCAGAGAAAGCAAAAUGUUGACAAGUAUCUCUGGUGUGAAGAGGACUCAAUGUACUACGAUUACAACGUACACACGGAAGAGCAAAACAAUUACGAGUCGGCCACCACGUUCUGGCCCUUGUAUUCGAAAUUAGCCUCCGAUGAACAAGCAGCGAAAUUAGUCCACGACUCGAUUCCGAAAUUUGAAGAGCACGGUGGACUAGUUGCGGGAACUUUGAAAUCGAGAGGUGAAGUUGGCUUGCGUCGACCAUCACGUCAAUGGGACUUCCCCUUUGGUUGGGCGCCACAGCAAAUUUUGGCUUGGAUCGGGCUAGCUAAUUACGGAUACCUUGGAAUCGCAAGAAGAUUGGCUUACAGAUGGUUGUUUAUGAUGACCAAGUCCUUUGUCGACUAUAACGGUGUUGUUGUUGAGAAAUACAACGUUACAAAAGGAGCUGUUCCGCAUAGAGUUGAUGCCGAGUACGGCAAUCAAGGUUUAGAUUUUAAAGGUGUUGCCACUGAGGGUUUUGGCUGGGUUAAUGCUUCCUACUUGAUAGGACUAACCUUUUUGGAUCUUUAUGCUCAAAGAGCUUUGGGUGCAUUGACCCCACCCGCUAUCUUCUUUAAGAACUUGCAUCCUAAUCAAAGAAAAGGAUACGAGUAA